GUAAUUGAAAUUUUCAAUAAUAAAUUCUUUUACGUGAAUAUAGUUACACUACACAAUUUUAGACACUGAAAAUUGCUAUAUUAAAGACAUAAAAAUUUGAUGAAUUGUUUACAUCAAUUUAGAAACUACGGAAAAGGUAAUAAGAAAUACAAAAUAGUAUGUAUACAACUGAAAAAUCAAUGGAAGCAUUCGUAUAAAAAUAACUACCAAAAAAUAUUGUAUAUAGACGCUUAUAAUAGUAUAAACAUAUCCUUAAUAAAAAUACAUAUCAUUGCUUAAAUAUUCUUGUUCUAUUGUCAAUAUGUAUCAUAACAUAAAAUAGGAUUGAUUAUUCAUUUUAUAAGUUUUAUUGUUCCUCAGAAUCUAUAGUAUCGACGUAAUAAAAUAUUUGUGACGUUGGCGACCUCUAUCUUAAAUUUCAAAUUGUAUAGAUACUGAAAAUACCUAAUUUAUCUACAGCUUAUAGUAUGUACCGCGAUUUCAAAAAUGUGUUUACAUACUUCGUGAAUUAUGUUCUGGAUUGAAGUCGUGCCAUGCUUACUACGUUUGUUUAAAGAUUCGUCAUAAUUCCUUAAUAAAGUUAUAAAAUUACUUCAGAAUUUUUCAUUUCUGGAUAUUUCUAAAAUAUUUGUAACUAUGAACGAUGAACAUAUUGUUUUAACAUUACCUGAUACUCAAAACGCGGACUCGGUAUGUUUAACCCAGUCUCAAUCUCAAGAUUUGUCACAAGAAAAAACUAUGACUAUCUGGGGGAGACUAUGCCCCAUUAAGUUACCUUUUAAAACAAUGGAAUUGAUCAAGGAUAUAUAUACACUUGGUCGAUCAGAAAGCUGUGAUAUUUGUAUAACUAACAACGAUUUAAAACCAAAAUGGGUUAGUGUGAUGAGCAAAGUACACUUUAAGAUAACCAGAGAAUAUAUUGAUGAUAACUCCAAUGAUGCUGUAGUAUAUUUGGAAGAUUUAAGUCAAAAUGGUACUUUUGUUAAUAAACAGAAAGUUGGCCGUGGAAAUAAAGUUGUACUUGAAAGUAACGAUAUUAUAUCGUUAGCACAACCUAUUGUCACUGUAUAUGUGUUCAUGAGUACUAGUGCAUUUGAAACCAAUGACUUGCCUCCAGAGCUCAAAAGCAGAUAUGCUGUGUCACGUAAAUUAGGGUGUGGAGCAUGUGGAGAGGUAAAAUUGGUUUUCUCAAAAGUUGGUUGUAAAAAAUUUGCCAUGAAGACAAUUUUGAAAAUGGGUAACAUGACGAAUGGAACAAAGAAUUCAUUAAAUAAUCCAGAAAAAAUUAUGAAUGAAGUCAAAAUAUUAAAAGCUCUAAAACAUCCUUGUAUAAUUAGAAUGGAAGAUAUUGUAGAUACUCCGAAGGCAGUGUAUAUAGUUUUAGAACUAAUGGAGGGUGGUGAACUGUUCGAAAGGAUUAAAAGCAGGGGAAGGUUGACAGAAAAGAGUGCAAAAUUAAUAUUUUAUCAAGUUGUACUUGCUGUUAGUUACCUUCAUGACUCUGGUAUAACACAUAGAGAUCUGAAGCCAGAAAACAUAUUGUUAGCUAGUCAUUCAGAUAUUACAUUAGCUAAAGUAUCAGAUUUUGGUUUAUCAAAAUUAGUUGAUGCACAAACUAUGAUGAAAACUUUUUGUGGUACUCCUAUGUAUGUUGCCCCAGAAAUAUUAUCUAAUAUUGGACGUGGUUCGUAUACGAAUCAAGUGGAUGUAUGGAGUCUAGGAGUAAUAUUAUAUGCUUGUUUAAGUGGUUCAGUUCCCUUUAAUUGCCAGGAUAAAAAAAUCAGUUUACAAGAGCAAAUCAAAAAAGGAUGCUACAGCUUUCCUUCUACAAAAUUUGGUCAUGUUACCAAUAAAGCCAUAGACCUGAUUCAACGUAUGAUGACAGUCAACCCAAAAAAAAGGAUCAGUAUAAAACAAGUUUUGUUACAUCCCUGGUUACAGGAUCGUGAACUGAGAAAUUCUGCAGACAUGUUAUUAUCUCAAGAAGAUAAUGAGAACAUGGCACCUCCAAAUGUUUCCAAUAAUUGCCAAUACAAGAAUGAGCAAUAUCGAAGCUUAGCAAAGCGAGCACGGUUGGAGACAAGUUCAAAAACUAGCAAUAAGUAAUAUAUAACUAAAGAAAAUUAUUUAUUAAAAGUAGAUUAUUUUGUAACUUAUUGUAAGUUGUAGUCAUAAAAUUGUUUGACUGAUCAUUCGAAAUCUAAUUUAUUUGAUAUAUGUUAAAUAUAUAUACGAAGUACGUUAAAUCAUUCUUU